GUUUCGGCGAUAUAAAUAAAUAAAUAGUACACAAAAGUCGAUGGUCGAAAGCAUGCUGACCGCGCCAAAGUGGGCAACGCGGGCACCGACGCUGCCUCGCAAGUCGUCCAAGCUACGGCAACCGACGCCCAAGACGCUCUCACUGCACAAAUACUUCAACGCCGGCGGUGUCACCAAAGUCAACUACAACAAGCGCUCCGUGGUCAUCUCGAGUCUCUUUGCGCUCAGCCUUUUUCUGAGCCCUUUGAAAGCGUAUGUGAGCGAGCCUUUCUUGGGCGAUAGUGGGUACUUUGAUGCGGGUCUACCGACGUCCUCGACGCCGACAUGGGCAUCGGCCGUCGUUGCUGACUUGAAGCAGCAAGCGUCGGCGGACAACUCCAACGCAACAUACCACAUGACAACAUCGACGGUCGACGCGAGCGUGUGCUCAUUUGCGCUUGUCGCCCGCGCGCCGGGCGCGCUCUUCUACCCGCCCGACUUUGGUCCACAAGUGCUCCGGGAUCUCUGCGCAACGACGACGAUGACGACGGCACCCACGGCUCGCGCGUGGACCAUGCAACUGGUCUCGGUCCCGAUGGCAGUCUCCGUUGCGUGGGCGCAGCCAACGGGUCCGAAUACAACCGCCAUCUCGUUCAUCCACGCACUUCCCGUGUACUCUAGCUCUUGGGUGUUUGCCAAACUCUUGUGGCGAGUGCUCCUCAGCGUCUACAUUGGCUGGCUUCUGUGGCGCCAGUACUACCGCCACAUAACCCACCUCGUCGAGAACCUUGAUCUGUACCCGCUGAGCGAUCGAUCCAAGACCGUCGAGCGCUACGAGGUCCUUAUCGGCGACCCCACGUCCAUGAUCAUCUCCAACCCGAUUGUCUGCAUUGGUUUUUGCCUCGACAUUCUCGCCAGCGCCGACGUAUCGUUGCAUGCAACGGUCCGCGUCCUUUACGCUACCGACGCCCGCAGCUUCUUGUGCGGCGCCUACUACCUCGGUCGCCACGUCUGGUUCUCGUACGCAGCGCUCUUGGUCCUCAAUCGACUGCUCCGGCGCAAACGCAUGAUCCACUGGUGCGUCGCUCAGUCGACGACGGUGCUCACAGUUGCUAUCACCGUACUCCUCAGCGCAGCCGCCAACGGGUGUCUGCGAUGGUAUCCGCUCGUGGGCAUGUCCAACUCGAUCAUGUGUGCGCUCUCGACGGCAGCCGCCGAUGGUAGCUACUACACGAUCGAAGUGGCUCCCGCGCUUUUCCUCACCUACCUCAUGCUUGCGUUGGUACCGGUGGUGCUGGGGCGCCGGGCGCCCGAGCCGCGUCCGGACCCGCCAGAGCUGCUGAUUUACCACAAGAGUAUUUCGUCCGUCUUGAGUGCGAGUCGCCAGCGCCCAGUGCAGCUCGGCGUGGUCGCACGCGCGCCAAGCGACCGAAAGUCACCUGCGACGCCUGUCCCUGCACUGGCCCCGACGGACGACAAUUCCUUUGCCAAGUUUGACUUCAACGAUUGGAAGCGUCGACUCUGUCUGUACUUGUGCCGACCCCACAAGCCGACGGACGCAGACUUUUGCUCGGGGGCGUCCAUGUACCGGCUAUUUGCGACGGACCCGUCCCAUCAGUCGCUCGCCACAAUCAACGGGCGUGGCACCGACUGUUAUGUGUACAGCUACAUUGCAGCGGGGCAGCUCGCCGACGUGACACGCGUGAGCUUGGUCUCGCACAUCGGACUCCAGCAACAUCAGGGCUCGACCGCAUCCGUUCAACCAAAAGCCAACCGAGAUGCGCCGCAACGCCCAAAUGUUCAGCGAUUUGCAGUCGGAAAGGUGCUGCUGCGGCUAACUGGCGACAGCGACGAGCUGGCCAACGCGCUUCUUAUACACGGCGCGCGGAACUCACCAUGGAUCGAGUAGUUGUCGUAACUUCCUCCUAAUCUUGAGCACCCAAGCGUUCUCAUCA